AUGAUCCAGGAAGCAUCAGCUCAAGGUGUUGUCACGGACAGUGUUGCUAAAAAACUUAUUAAAUAUCAUGGUAAUUGUCACUUGACUCCAUUUGCCAGCAGCACGGUAAAUGACAAUGGACAAGCAAUAUCGUGCAUCUAUUUUAAUUCGCUUCCAUUGUUUAAUUACCUCACACAGUACCUCCCGUUACCAAAUAUUGUACUCGUUCCAAAGUUUAAUCCUUCUAAAUCAGGUGACGUAGCGAAGAGUCCAACUGCUUCUAGGAAUCUUAUAAAUGACGAUGAAGUAACAUUGGGCAAUCAUAAAAAUAGUUCAGGUAAAGAUGAAAAGUGUCAAGUGGCACAAACGAUUGAGAACUCGCAAGAGCAGUUUUAUGAUGACUUUAGUGACCAAUUUUUCAUGGGUUUAUGUCCGAAAACAGGUAAGAACAUCAUGAAGAUGCAGGUAGACAUGGAAGGCUUUCUCCCAAAUGAACUUUCGGUCAAGGUAGUCGGCAGCACUUUAACAAUCAGUGGUUGUAAAGAAGAUGAAAUACAGAAAAUCGAAUUCAUGAGAAAUGUAGUUUUACCAUCAUACGUGGAUUCUGACCAAGCUGGAUGUUAUUAUUUCAAAGGUUGCAUGGCCAUCCAUGCCCCUAUCUCUAAUUUAGAAGCCGCCAACCAAGCUCAACAGAAUCAAGUAAAAUUAAGUUCUAAAAAACAAUCUUUCAUCACAAUCACACAAAAAAAGUCUACGCAAAACUACAAUGAAAAUUUGUCAAAUCAGUUGACUGAUUCGUCAUUUGAAAACGCAGACAAUUCUUCUGGUUCUGUCACCUCAAAAAAAACAAAUGGUAACAACCAUAAAUCAGUAGUUUCAUCAAAGAACACAGUACAUACGAACAUUCCGUUUAAUGUUGCCGUUUUAGUAAAUGUGGAAGGUCAUGAAUACAUCAGUCUCGUGGUGGAAGUGAGCAAACUGUUUAAACCCAAUGAAAUUGUUGUAAAGGUACGAGAAAACAAAGUUGUUAGUGUCACUGGGGAAACGAGAAGCACCGAUGAAUCAAAAAAGAGCAGGCUGUAUGCGUUUAUUGAAAGAGAAUUUGAUUUACCGAAGAAAAUUGAUCGUAAAACAUUAAAGGCAGGUUGCACUGGUGAUGGCUUGCUUAAAAUCUUUGCCAGAGUUGCCACUUAAUAUUACAGUCAAUAUUUCAAUAUGAACUGAACUUAAUACAUUUUCGACUGUUUUUUUUGUUUUACUGUUACGUGUGUUCUUCGAUACGUCGCUAACAAAGUUCUUGCUAAAUCGUUCAUUGGUGCAAAGUUCAAAAAAAUUAUCAUGAAUUUCACACCAAAAUAUCUUACAUUCUUAGGACGGAAAAGUUAAUUUGGUUUACGUACGUCUUAAAUAAACUUGUAUUCUAUCAAUUUAUAUAGUCUACAGGAAAUUUUAAAGAUGCAGUAAUCUAUAUGGCUCCGUAUGUCUAUGUAAUCAGCGGAUAUGUGCAGGGUGUGUGCAGUGCCGGCUCGAGGUAUUUUGCCGCCCGAGGCAAGACCCCAGUUUGCCGUCCUAGCUAAAAAGCACCAAUAUAUUAAAAAAAUACCUUAAAGUAAGAUUAAGAGGAACUUACAAAAUCGUAUAUUUGCAAAACAUUAAAUCCUGACAAGGAACAAACUUCCGAUAUAGAAAAUAAUAAUGAUCAGACAUAAUGUGAGCAGAUACAAUAUUUGUCAAAAUAUUAAUAAGAGGUGUUUGAGAGCGAACUCUGGUGAGUAAGUUAAUGAGUAGAGUGAAGUGAUAUGAAAAAAAUUGUUUUUAUUGCCAUAAUCUAAAUUUACAUUAAAAUCGCCAAUUAUGUUUGUUUGCAGUUUGGAAUUAAU